AUGUCAGCCAACAAAUCAAGCUCUGCAACCAUGUAUCCAUGGGUGUAUCCAGAAUUCCAGCCCAAAGGAAGGAUGCUCCGUAAAUGGAUGGGCUGUCCCCACCGGCCUGGAUGUACGGUUGCGAUGAGUACGUUAUCAUUUGAACAUAUCAACUCCGAUGCGGCUUGGUUCGUGGCUCAGAACACCCAGAAGCUCACUCGGGCAUGGAACCGCCGAAUGAAGCACCUUGGACUGCCCAGUGAGCAUCGCGAUCUGUGUGACUCCCGAUCUCAGUAUCGAACCGUCCAGAUCAUCAACAGCGACGCUCAUCAAAAGGACCGAGUACAGUGGAUUGGACGAUGUGGGCCGGGUGUGAUUUUUAUCGACAAUAUCUUUAGGGAGCCCGGGGCCCGGGCUCCGCAUAUCUCCGAGCUCACCAAGGUUGCUUAUGAGAUUGACUUGCAUCUUUCCAGCCUGAGGUAUGUGUUUGUCACCAAUAUACUAAAUGAGAGCACGGUGUGGUGUAUCCGCCAUAACGUCUAUGAAUCCAUAGUACCGUAUCAAUAUCCUUCGCGAGAGCCACGAAUUUGGUCUCUUGGAUCGCCUGAAUUCGAUGCUUUGCUAGGAACAGAUAUUGGCAAGACGGUUGCAUCUUUCGUUCUGGGAAGCUUUGGUCAAGGCCAAAAACAUGUUGCGCGCAUUGUCACUUUCCAUACCCAAAGGCUCCAAAAACUUAACAUGCGGUUUGAUAUUGGGUAA